AUGAAUUAGAGAUUAAUUGUCAGAAGAAAUCCACGUAGAGUAAUAAGACAUCUAAGAUAUUGUCCUAAAAUGACAGUUGCAUCUAUAAUGACAAUUUAAAAUCUUUAGGGAUAUCCUUCUUCUACUAAAUUAGCUUUAAGUAAAAACGAGCUUUAUUAAUCUUUUACAAUUUAAUAAACUCCAUAAUCCUAAAUGAAAAGAUGUAAAACAAAACAUAAUUGAAUUAGAUUUGUCAUUAGAUGUUUAAAGAUCAACAUCACCUUAAACAAUAAUAAAAUCUUCAUCUCCAACAGUGAGAAAGUUUAGUUAUCUAUCUUUUUAAAAAUCGACAAUAGGAUAAGAAAGUCCUGUUAAAUAAUAAGAGAGUAUUUAUCAAAUUGAAUAUGCUGAUGAUACAGUUUAUUAUGGAUAAAUAAAUAUUACAAAAAAACAUGGAAUGGGUGCAUUAUAUGAUAAGAAUAAAAAUCUAAUCUAUUUGGGAUAAUGGAAUGAUGAUAAAUAUCAUGGUUUUGGGGUUUUAGUUUAAAAAAAUUGUACUUACAAGGGUGAAUUUAUAAAUGGUGUUCUGGAUGGAUAAGCAAUAGAGGAAGGAAAUGAAAGAAAGUUUUAUGGAUAUUAUAAAAAGGGAUUGAAAAAUGGACCUGGAACAUUAUAUUAGCAAUCAAAAAUAACAAAUGGAAUUUGGAAAAAUGAUAUUUUAGAACAAGAAUGUUGA